AUCAAUUUAGUGUUUAGGAGUUGGAAUUUAAUUUAUGUAAUAGGAAUUGAAUCUCAUUUACUUACAAUUUCUAAACUGAUUUGAUUCCCUUUACUAUCUCAAUAUGAGAAUCCAGCAAUACGGUCACAACUGUGAUCUGUUACUGUAGAGUUGCUAACUAAAACCUGUGUCCAAACUCUUGAAGGUCACACACACAAUGUUUCUAAUGUAUGUUUCCAUCCCGAGGUUCCAAUAAUAAUGACAGGUUCAGAAGAUGGUACUGUCCGUAUAUGGCAUUCAACCACUUACAAACUUGAGAACACCUUGAACUAUGGACUUGAAAGGGUUUGGGCUGUUGGAUACAUGAAAGGUUCACGUCGGAUUGUUAUUGGCUAUGAUGAAGGAACCAUAAUGGUGAAAAUUGGACGUGAAGAGCCUGUAGCCAGCAUGGACAAUAGUGGAAAAAUUAUAUGGGCUAAACAUAAUGAAAUUCAAACUAUUAACAUCAAGAGUGUGGGAGCUGAUCAUGAGGUUUCUGAUGGAGAGAGGCUGCCUUUAGCAGUUAAAGAACUGGGAACAUGUGAUCUUUAUCCACAAAGCUUGAAGCACAACCCAAAUAGGAGAAAGUAUCACCCGAAAAACGAUGGGCCAAAGGUUUCGUUUUUUAGUGAUGAUGAAGAGACUACCAGCACACCAAAAGCAGAUGCUCUUUUUAUUCCAAGGGAGAAUCCAAGAGCUCUGGUUAUUCGCCCUCUUAAACAAUGGCCUGGCAAAUCAUCUGCUGAAAAAUUAAAAAACGCAUCUUCUCCAGCACAAACAAACGGUGAUUACACUGGGUUUGCUUCUUCCCCUCCUUUAAAUGGUCGCUCUACGGAAAACGGUAACAGAAUCCAUUCUGAAAACGGAACCCUAAAGGAACAAACACCAAUCAAAACCCCCCCAAAAACAAAACGGAGGAUGUGA